UCUCUCUCUCUCUCUCUCUGCAGGCAUCUUCAUCUCGCCCAAGGGAGUGCUGAGGGAGACAGGCAGCGUGGGCAUGUCGCUGGUGGUGUGGGUGAUGUGUGGCCUCAUGUCGCUGGUGGGCGCGCUAUGCUAUGCAGAGCUGGGCACAUCCAUACCAAAAUCAGGUGGAGACUAUGCGUACAUUAAUGCUGGCUUUGGCUCCCUCCCUGCCUUCCUUUUCCUCUGGGCUGCCAACCUCAUCUUUGUGCCCACCACCAAUGCCAUCAUGGCGCUGCCCUUUGCCAAGUAUGUGAUUCAACCGUUCUUCCCCAACUGUGACCUGCCAGACGAUGCUGUGCGGCUCAUUGCAGCACUGUCCAUAUCACUGAAUUGCUGGAAUGUACGAGUCACCACCAAGCUGCAGGAUUUCUUCAUGGUGACCAAGAUUGGUGCAUUGCUCAUUGUCAUCAUUGCUGGCAUCGUCCACCUUUGCAUGGGCAACACUGGAAACUUCCACAACUCCUUCCAGGGCACCAGCACUGAGCCAGGCGAGAUAGCUGUCUCCUUCUACUCAGGCAUAUUUUCCUAUGCUGGAUGGAACUACCUCAACUUCAUGACGGAGGAGCUGAAGAACCCAUUUGUUAACCUGCCCCGGGCCAUCUACAUCUCCCUGCCACUGGUGACGCUGGUCUACGUGAUGGCCAGUGUUGCCUGCCUGGCUGUGCUCUCCCCUGUCGACAUGCUGGCCUCUGAUGCCAUUGCUGUUACCUUUGCUGACCGUCUAAUGGGCAGCGGCAGCUGGGUGAUGCCCUUGCUGGUGGCCCUCUCAGCCUUUGGUGGUCUCUCAGUGCACAUCAUGACUUCCUCCAGGUUGUGCUUUGUGGGUGCAAGACAAGGCCACUUCCCAGACAACCUUGCUCUCAUCAACUGCAAAUGCAACACUCCAAUGUCUUCUCUCAUCUUCCUGGGCCUGUUGUCACUGGUCUACCUCUCCACCAUGGACAUCUACCGCCUCAUUGACUACGCCAGCUUUGUAGAGAGUUAAUUCAUCCUGUGCAGUAUCGCCAUUCUGCUGUACAUGUGCUGGAAAUACCCUGACAUGGAGCGGCCCAUCAAGGUGAACAUCAUCGUUCCCAUCGCCUUCCUGCUGGUGUGUGGCUUCCUGGUGUUUCUGCUGCUGUAUGUGCGGCCAUAUGAGGUGGGCAAGGGCCUGCUCAUCACUGGCUCUGGGGUGCCUGCCUACUUCCUCUUUGUGUACUGGCAGAACAAGCCAAAAAUUGUCAGAACAGCACUUGACCAACUCACUGUUUGGACACAGUUGCUCUUCGUAUCUGUGAAAACUGAGUGAGGAGUGACUGACUGCACCUCCUCUACCAUUACUACCAUCACUGCUGCUGCUACUGCUGCUGCUGCUGCUGCUGCUGCCCUACCACAGCUGCCAAGAAAUGCACUUGUGUGUGUGUGUGUGUGUGUGUGUGUGUGUGUGUGUGUGUGUGUGUGUCAUCAUAUCAUACAGCCUUCACAUAUUUUAUCCACUUGGUUAUGGUUCUGUGCAUCAUGGCAAAUCACACUGCUGGUAGACAAUGGAUAUCUGAAAUGUUCCCUACUUUAAUCCCCUCUGAACUGCUGUUACUGCUGCUGCUGCUGGAUCCUUGGUGAUCUGUUUGUAUUUUUGCUCAAGUGGCUUGUGUGUGUGUGUGUGUGUGUGUGUACUGAUGGACCUUGGGAGGGCAGCUGGAUGGUGUGAACUGUUGUCAGUGAUGACAACAUGCACACACACAUGUGGCAAAAGCAACACAGCAGCAGAUUUGUCAGCCUGGAUAUGCUCUUUGUAAUCUGUGAUACUUUUCAGAAGGGGAAUAUUGAAGGUUUUAUACAUUAUUUAUUAGUUAUUGUAUUUUGGUCAUAGGCUGAUUUUGCACCACUUUAGCUGAUAAUUUGAAAUUGGUUCUGAACCCAAGAAAUACUUGAAGGUGCAAUUUUCAGAUAAAUUAAAUAGUAUUCCAAUUGUACAUAGAGAUAACAGAAAGUAAGUGAGAGUAUUACAUAACUGUUUUUGGUAUUUUGAUUUUUAGGUUUUCACCAAGAGGGUUGUUAGUCCUGGUCUUUGCUUACUGCCUGUCUGGACCUCACAGUGGUGAUGGGAAGCCUCAAGCGUGUGACUGUCUGGCAGCUGUGUGGGCCAUUCUGGAUGAGUAUGUGCUGGAUAGAUGUUAACUGGCACCACAUGAGCUUAUUUGUUGGCAGAUCCAGAUGUUGGGAGUACCACAGUUGCUGAGACAAUGAGGCAGUCCUGUUAGGGAAGUUUAGUGACUGAACACUGAAGGUUGACCAAACUCCUCUUGGGCUACAGCUAUCAUUGUACUCAUAGCUCAAUGGGUAAAGAGUUGUGUACCUUGAAUGUUUUGAUGGGAAUCCUAGUGCUAUUCCCCUUAUGCCUUGCUCAGCAGGUGUCUGUGAGACCUGUGGAUGGUGGUGUUAUCACAGUCAAAAAUGUUUUAUUGUCCCACACUUUUUCCCAUUGUCUUCAACAUUUUCCCUUAGUAUCAAGUCCAAUAAUCCACAGACUCUCCUCACAAAUAUAACAGGUGACAGAUGCUAAGGAGGUGACAGGACUUCAGAUUGAGGGAAAUGCUAAACACUGGGAGUGAGUGUGGCAAAUUACAUGACCUCUGACCAGACUAGACCAACAGGAUAAAUGAACAUGGCCUAACUCCAGGCUGUGCUGUGUUGAGGCAGUCCUGGGGUGAGGUGACAGCUGGUGUGACACUCAUAGUCACUGGAGCAGCCAAGAAGCCUCACGACAAUUAUAAAUUGAUUAGCUUUGGCACAAGCCUUUGUUAUCAGCUAGGCUUGCCUCCUUCACAAUGCUCCUGUCUUCCCCUCUGGUGGUCAGCCACUGCCUGCACCUCUGCCUUGUAGGGAAUUUACCUCCUGCUCAUGAGUGACACGAUGAAGAAAAGGAAAUAAAUGUACAUCUUUUCAUCUCUGCAUGGGACAAAUGAGGGCUGUGUGUGUGUAUUUCAUAAUUUAUCUUAUUUUUUUUCUGGGGAUUUAUGGUGCUGAAAGACAAGAAAAUUCAUGCAUACAUUAUGAUCACUCAUUAUUAAUCUUUUUAUUUUAUUAUCCUUUUCAUUAUCAUCAAGACCGUGCUGGGCUUUAAUUAAUGUGUGUGUGUGUGUAAUUAUAGAUAUGUAGUUGUAUUCAUGUCCGGUGGCAAAUCAGAUAUAUUUUGCUUAUUGGUGAGAGAGAGAGAGAGAGAGAGAGUAGUUUUGGCCCAACAGUGAGUAAUGAUGAUGUGUAAAGCAUAUUCUUCUAGGAGCAAAUGAGGCAAUGUGUCCGCCAGGCAUCAACAUGUCACUUCAUUGUUACCAUGUUUUUAAGCAUGAAAUAAAUGUGCCUUUUUUACA